AUGAUGCCCGCACGCAACGCCUACCAGAUCGUCCACGACUCGCUGCUAUUCGACGGCGACCCGACGCUGAACUGCGCGACCUUCCUGACGACGUGGAUGGAGCCCGAGGCCGAGAAGCUGAUUAUGGAGAACCUGGGCAAGAACCGCGUCGACAUCGACGAGUACGAAGCGACCGAGCGCAUCCAUAGGCACUGCCUGGCGUUCCUGGCCGACCUGUGGCGGGCGCCCAAGAACGAGCCGCCCACCGGCACUGUGGUGGUGGGCUCCUCCGAGGGCAUCAUGCUGGGCGGGCUGGCGCUGAAAUGGCGCUGGCGCCAGCGCCGCCUGGCCGAGGGCAAGGACGCGUCCAAGCCGAACAUUAUUUUCGGCGCCGACGCCCAGGUCGCGCUGGAGAAGACCGCGCGCUACUUUGACAUCGAGUCGCGGCUGGUGCCGGUCUCGGAGGACUCGCGCUACUCGCUCGACAUCCACAAGGCGCUGGAGCUGGUCGACGAGAACACCAUCGGCAUGUAUGUGAUUCUGGGCACCACCUACACGGGCCACUUUGAGCAGGUGGCCGAGAUGUCGGCGCUGCUGGAGAAGCUCAAGCAGGAGACCGGCCUGGAUAUCCCAAUUCACGUGGAUGGCGCAUCGGGCGCGUUUGUGGCGCCAUUUGCCUUCCCCGACCUCAAGUGGGGCUUUGACGUGCCGCACGUGGUGUCCAUCAGCACGUCCGGCCACAAGUUUGGCCUGACGUACCCGGGCAUCGGCUGGGUGCUGUGGCGUGGCGCCGAGUAUCUGCCCGAUGACCUGACCUUCGAGCUGGCGUAUCUGGGCGGCCUGGAAAAGACCUUCACGCUGAACUUCUCGCACCCUGCGUGCUUCCUGAUUGCCCAGUACUACAACUUCAUCCGGUUUGGCCGCCAGGGCUACACGCGCAUCAUGAACUCGUGCCUAAUCAACGCCCGCCUGCUGUCCGUGGCACUGGAGGCCACCGGCAUCUACCAGUGCAUCUCCGACAUCCAUCGCCCGCGCGGCAUGCUCGGCUACUCUGAGGAGAGCCGCGUGGCCGCCAACCAGCUGCUGCUGGAUGCCGCGCGCAAUGUAAAGUCGGUCGGGGACUCGUCCAUGAACCAUGCGUUCAACUAUGGCCUGCCUGUGUGCGCAUUUUCGUUUACCGACAAGUUCAAGGCCGAGCACCCGAUGGCCGACCAGGAUGUGGUCUCGACCUUGCUGCGUGUGCGCGGCUGGAUCAUCCCGAACUACCCGCUGCCGCCCAACAAGAGCGACGUGCAGGUUCUGCGCGUCGUGGUCAAGGAGGCUACGUCCGAGGACAUGAUCAACCGGCUGGUGCGCGAUGUCAUGUGGGCUACGCAGAAGAUGCUCGAGGCCAAGGGCCAGAACCUGGCCGAUCAAGAUUGGCGUCAGCAUGGAUUGCACCGACAAUGCCAUCCCCGAGAAGAGACUGGUUGA